CCUAUUUUAUCAAUAUCCAAAGUUCUUUUUCCUUGUUUCCGUAUCUAAAUUCAUCAAAUUGUUUCUUGUUUUGCUUUGGGAAAGAAGGUUGAUUUUUUUAAUGAACAUGGCUUCGAUUUCUUUAGUUAAUAGUCAAACCCUGAAACCAUUCCCUUCUCUCAACUCUUUUCUCCAUUACAAGCAACCCUGCAUCGUCUCCUUGUACCAUCAUCCGGAUAAGUUACCACCUUCGUUGUCUCUCCCCAAACCCAAAGAAGGCUCUUUUCCAUCGGCUGCUGGACUCAUGGCCAACUCAGUCCCCUCAAGAAAUGGAAAUUAUACAGUGGGUGAUUUCAUGACCAGGAAAGAGGAUUUACAUGUUGUCAAAGCUACAACAAGCGUGGAUGAAGCAUUGGAGUCACUUGUGGAGAGGAGAGUCACUGGUUUCCCAGUGAUUGAUGAUGAUUGGAAUUUGGUCGGCGUUGUUUCCGAUUAUGAUUUGCUGGCACUGGACUCUGUUUCAGGUAGCAGUCAAAAUGACACGACCCUGUUUCCUAAUGUUGAUAGUUCUUGGAAAACAUUCAAUGAAAUACAGAAAUUGAUGAACAAAAACAACGGAAAAGUGGUUGGGGACUUGAUGACACCUUCACCGCUUGUUGUUCGUGAAACAACAAACCUAGAAGACGCUGCUAGGUUGUUGCUCGAGACCAAGUAUCGUCGACUACCGGUGGUAGAUGGUGAUGGCAAGCUAGUUGGAAUCAUUACAAGGGGAAACGUUGUCAGAGCUGCCCUGCAGAUUAAACGUUCGAGUGAAAGGUGAUGCCGAGAUCCGGAGCAGAGAUCGUGAUAGUGUUCUUGAUCUCCUUUUAAGUCGGUCGCCGUUGCCGUGUCCGACUUCCACGUCGAAUUGAGGAAUUUAAUCCCUGUCUGGUGAUACAGGGCAAACGUAGCUUAGCUAGAAUCAUUAAUGCAUUUAAAGUAAACAAAAUACGUAUGUUUUUUGUAUCUACUUCGUUGAUAUUUACUGUCCUUUCUAUUCG